UUACUGUAAGCUGGACUACACCCAAAAAGAAUGGUAUGCAUUUGUUCGCCUGAACAUCUGUAAUUGUUGUAAAUACGCUUGUGGAGUUGUUAUAGUUGAAGCUUAUUGGGUUCAAGUUUUUGAGUGAUCAAUGACAGAAAAUGGUAAGGAGAUGUGUGUGACAGGAGGCACAGGAUUCAUUGCUGGUUUUCUCAUUCGUGCUCUGCUCAACAAGGGUUACUCUGUUCGCACAACUGUUCGCAAUCCAGAUAAUGUGGAGAAGGUAGGGUAUCUAUGGGAUCUGCCUGGUGCAAAGCAGAGGCUUAAAAUAGUGAAAGCAGAUCUGGUAGAUGAAGGCAGCUUUGAUGAAGCAGUAAAUGGUGUGGAUGGGGUGUUUCAUACUGCUUGCCCUGUUGUAGUACCAAAUGAUCACAACAUCAAGGAGACCUUCCUUGAUCCUGCUGUGAAUGGCACUCUCAAUGUCUUCAAGUCUUGUUCAAGAUCACCCUCUGUAAAGAGGGUGGUGCUUACAUCCUCCUGCUCAGCUAUCAGAUAUAACUACAAUACUCAAGAGCUUUCUCCUUUAGAUGAGUCCCAUUGGAGCAAUCCAGAAUACUGCAAACAGUAUAAUCUUUGGUAUGCAUAUGCAAAAACUACUUCUGAGAAAGAGGCGUGGAAGUAUGCAGAGGAGCAGAGGCUCGAUUUGGUUGUGGUAAACCCAUCAUUUGUUGUUGGACCACUUAUUGCACCUGAACCUACCAGCACUCUCGACUUUAUCCUGAACAUAAUAAAAGGGGGAAAUAACAGAACAUACCCAAAUUUCAGGGUGGGCUUUGUUGACAUUGGUGAUGUAAUAUCAGCACAUAUACUGGCUAUGGAGGCACCAUCAGCAUCAGGGAGAAUUAUAUGCUCUGGUGAUGUUGCUCACUGGGAAGAAAUUGUGAAGAUGCUCAAGGAAAAAUAUCCCAUGUACCCAAUUGCAGACCAGUGUGGAACAGAGCAAGGCAAUGCGCUACCUCAUACAAUGAAUACUGCUAAGAUCAGAAGCCUUGGAUUUGGCAACUUUAAAAGCAUAGACCAAAUGUUUGAAGACUGCAUUAGAAAUUUCCAAGAGAAGGGGCUACUCUAGAAUCUGCCUUGAAUGCCAAUAAGAACUGUAAUUUUACAGGAAGACUUCUAUACUUCUGCCUUAUUGAAAAGUUUGAUUAAUGUGUAUUGAAGCACUGACGAAUAAGGUAUGCAAAAUAUUUGAAUUAUAGCUUACACAUGAAGUACACAAAUUGGAUAAUCUGUUGGAAGUACAAGAGUUGUAUGCAUAUUGCAGGAACAUGAACUCGGCAAAAACUUCACAAGGUCAGUGGAAAAGUUCUUCAAAACUUAUCGAUUAAAAAAUAUAUAGAUGUAAUGGUGAAAGCAUGUACAUAUCCUUUUAUCUAUGUUUUGUGUCUAUUUUGAUUA